UUUAAUAAUAUUUAUGUACACGACGAUUUACACCUUAACGACAGUGCGGAUGGACGGCGGACGUCGGAGUGAUUUCCUUGACGAAUAAUGAAAUCGAAAUAUGUUAUAUGAUAUUAUAUUACACGGCAGCGACGGGCGACCCGCGGGAUUACCGUUUAUUAUAGUGAUAAGUGGUAUCGACGUAUUAUUAUUAUUAUUGUGACAAUAUUCUAACACGUCUUCUGAAAGUCUUCGUAAUAACGUUACAUAUCAUUUUUACCACAACACUCCGCCACCACCACUGCAGUCAUGUCGUCGCCAAUCGUGCACCCUUCGAAUAUGGAUACGCAUACUACACCUGCACCGUCUACAGCAGGAUGCACCACAACGAUGAUCGUCUACUAUAAAUAAUUAUGGAUUCGUAUCGGUUCUGGUGAUUUUUUUCGAGUGUAAUUCGUAUAUAUUAUGACAUAUAGGUGUACACACUCGCACCGUUUAGAUUUCCGCAACCCGACCCUUCAUCAUCUCUUCACCGCCCCCGCAACGUGCACGGUCAAUUUUAGUCGUCCGUCGCUGCUGUAGCGUCUCUCUUGUUUAUUUAUUUUUUUCCGAUAGAUUUUUCUCAAAGCACUCAAUCGUCAUCCUGUGCGAGAUUUCUUCCACGAUGGAUACGGAGCUACGUCGAUGUACUCUAUAGUACAAUAGUUCGAAUUUCUCGUAAAUCGCGAGUAAUCGUUUCGCCAGGUCGUUCGUAUUUUUCGUAUGUUCUUUAUCGCAUAAAGCGCUAAACGGGUGGUACGCGCGUGUAGUAAAAGUCUAAAACCCGUCGUCCUCCGAUCGAUAUGCGUCUAUGAUAUAUCUUUUAUCUAUGUCGUAAUGUAUAUAUCACGAGGCUGUGAUGUGUGACAGAUAGCAACAAUGGCGGUGGGCACGUACUACUGAAGCCCACCCCCACCACAACCUGGAGCCCUUAACCCAGGCAUCGCUGGUGCUCACCAUGGCGGUCGCCAUCAUCCUCCUUAAUAUCCUCAUAAUCGCUACGUUCACCAACAUAAGAGGUGGAGGAGAGGUGAUGAAUGUAUACUUGGUGUCACUGGCUCUGGCCGACCUGCUCUACGGUGUGCUCGUAGUGCCAUUUUCCGUGUAUCCAGCACUUGUGCAACAAUGGGUUUAUGGGAAAAUUGCUUGUAGAAUAAUCGGAUACAUCGAAGUCGCACUGUGGACCGUGUCUGCAUACACACUUAUGUGGAUUAGUGUGGACAGGUACAUAGCGGUACGCAAACCAGUCCGGUACUUUACGGUGCAGACGCGCACCAGGUGUCAGUGCUGGAUGGCGUUCACGUGGAUAUCGUCGGCGAUGCUAUGCAGCCCACCGCUGCUCGAGUUCGGUGAUCCGGUAUUCGACCAGGACACGGCGGUGUGCAUGCUUGACUGGCAGGGCAUGGCGGCGUAUUCGGUGACGCUGUCCAUACUGGUGCUGGGGCCCAGUCUGAUCACAAUUCUGUACACGUACGUGUAUAUUUACGGUGCGAUCAGGCGGCUGCGGCGUGGCUUUCUAGCACACGACAAGGAAUACGUAACAGCGUUGUCUGAAAACUUGUCCAAUCCUACACACGUCACGUCAUUCGUGUUGAUCGUAACGUUUUGGAUAUGUUGGACACCAUUGAUGUCCAUCAAAGCAUACCAGCAACUAGGCGGUGUACCGGCGGUGCCCGGCCAUGUCCGUUUCGCCGCCCUGUGGCUGGGAAUAUCCAAUUCGGUAUGGAAGGCGUUUGUGCUCAUAUUUCUUAGCCCGCAGUUCCGCGUCAUGCUCAGAUUGUUGUGUUUGACGGUAUUUUGCAAACGGAAAAGUCGCGCAGAACUUGAGCUACUACAACUCGACAUGGAAGAUCACUUCCUCUAAGUUAAGUAUUAUGUUGAUGUUUUUUUUUUAAUAAUCAUUAUUGUUGAACUUUGUUUUUGUUAUUAAUCGAAUGUUCUUCCCGAGAACAAUCAUUCGUCCAUUUGUUUACGUUUUAUUCAGAUAAAAAAAAAUUGUUUCAAACGAAAUCUAAUUUAUUAAAAUUGUCGUUGGUUGUAUACCCCCUAACUCAUGGAGAUAUCCAUGGGCUAGGAGAAUUUUUAAUAAUUUUAGUGUGCCGAUAGAGCCAGUAAUCAUACAUGUCAUACUAAAUGGUGUUUUUCGGAACAUUGUAGAAAAAAUUAUUUUUUAUAGACUGUUUUUAAAUUAUUAACAAUUGUUUUGGAACAACUUGUAAAUUAGUAGAUCAGUAAAUCACGUAUGAAUAUAUAUUUUACGGGCAAAUUAAAUUUGUAUGUAUAAUAUAUAUCAACAGAAAGAGUUGGGCAGCAAUUUAAAGAAAAAUCACUUUUCCUUCUUAAAACUUUUAACAAAUAAUACAAAUCAUACUAAAUUACAGGGCUUCCAGUCAAUAAUCUAAUAUAUGUAUAAGUUAGUUAUCAAAUUUAAUCAGUUAAAUGGAGAUUAAUCAUUUUCGACAUUGAAUAAUUUGUUAUUACCACGAAAUAAUAAAAAAUCCAUAGAUACUUUUAUUUUUACGCCCAACUCUGAAAUCAUGGUAUGACUUUUUAUCGUGGUUUAAUUACCAUUCCAUAAAAAUAUGCCUACAAUUUUUAAAUCGCACUGAAUUCGUUUUGUUGAAGUUUAAAAUGUAUGAAGAUAUAGGUGUAGUCUAAAUAAUAUGUAAACAAACGAAAUGCGUAU